GCGGGGACGCGGGCGGAGGAGGCGCCGCCGCGGAGCCCCCGGACGCGACCAUGUCGGAGGUGCUGCCCUACGGCGACGAGAAGCUGAGCCCCUACGGCGACGGCGGCGACGUGGGCCAGAUCUUCUCCUGCCGCCUGCAGGACACCAACAACUUCUUCGGAGCCGGGCAGAACAAGCGGCCGCCCAAGCUGGGCCAGAUCGGCCGGAGCAAGCGGGUUGUUAUUGAAGAUGAUAGGAUUGAUGACGUGCUGAAAAAUAUGACAGACAAGGCACCUCCUGGUGUUUAACUCCCCCAAAGACAAUGAGUUAGGGGAGAGAAUAAGAGUAAGAACGGCGAUAACAGUUAUUGGCCAAAAGCAUGAAAAGAGAAAGCACUUUGCAAUUUGCGACUAGCGUGCUACCCAGGAUGAAAUCAACAACCUGUGUCUUGUGUCAGGCCGGGAGACAGAUGAGGCAUGAGAAGGAGGAGAAGGCUCUGGGCUUCUCUGCAAAAAUAAAAAUAAAAAAAAAAAUCUAAAAAAUCACUAUAUACACAUGUAAAGAAAUAAAAGAAGUCUCAGUUGCAGCUAUUUGUCAAAAUUAAUAUCCAUUUCUUUUCUAUACAGUGAAUAUUGCGCAAUUAUUGAUCUGGAUUUUGAACCACUUUAAAUAAUGAAACAGCAACACCAGUGUUUUGGGGGUGUUGGCAUUCUUUGCUGAUUUGGCUGUCCCGGAUGUUUACAUUAUUUAAUCUUGCAAAAAUGAUUCUGUGCACUUGGAUGUGAAAUGCUGUCCAGUUUUAUUUUUUUAUGUUGUUAUCCUUGGAUGUACAAGAAAAAUCAGAAAAUGAUCUCUAUAGAUACUCUGUUUUAUUUUGGUUAGCUUUUGAAGUUAUCAGGAUGUGCUGAAAAUAAGAAGAACUUCUCUAAAGAAGGACACACAGAAAGGAUCCUUGUUUUAUUUUAAUAUGAAUUGUAAAGCUUGUGUUUCUUUGUUGCUGCAAGCUAUUUGCCCAAGUUAAUGCAAAUGGACACAUUUUAUAUGUCAGGAAAAAAAAAACAUGAAAAACAAAGAAAAAAUUGCUUGAGCUUUUUCUAACCUCUCCCUGCAGUCUGUUGUGUGAGCAGCCUGUUUUUUUUCUCUAAUAUUGUGUCAGUUUAUCCUCUUUAAUGGACUGUAAAAAAAAAAUGUAAUCACAAGAGUGCCAAAUAUCUUGAAAUGCCAAAAGGCAUUUUGGUUUCCUUUCUUUUCCCUGUGCUCUGAGUCCACGUACAGAAAUGCUUGGAGUGUCUUUCCUGUUAUUUAUAGGGUUCUCCUAAGGCACACCAGCUGCCUGUUUUGCAUGGUAUUUGCAAAAAUGCCUCUUGCGUGAGGAAAUCUUUUACCAUUUUUUUGUUUGCAACUUUGGACCUCAAAAGGUUUCUUCCUUCCCUCCCCUGGUCCCUCUUUUCUUAACUCGAUAUUCUGUAUGUUGCACCUUUGACCAGCACACAGGGCUAUUUCUCCAAUGUACAAUAAAAGAACUUCCUGUGUCUCGC